UCUCAUCACCGCUCUUCUCUUCUCUUCCUCUUUCUCCUCCUCUGCUGCGCAGAAUGGAAUACUGCAAGUUCGCUCUGCUCGUCGUGCUCCUCUCCUACGUCGAGCGCUGCUGGUCCGCCUCCUGUGUGGUGGACUCUUUCACCGUCAAAACCGACUUCGACCCCAAGAGAUAUGCUGGCAAAUGGUAUGCCCAGCAGAAGAAAGACCCUGAGGGACUCUUCCUCCAGGACAACAUCUCUGCCGAGUACACCAUUGACGAUGAUGGCACCAUGACUGCUUCCUCCAAGGGCCGUGUCACCCUCUUCGGAUUCUGGGUUGUGUGCGCUGACAUGGCUGCCCAGUACACCGUGCCUGACCCAACCACCCCCGGCAAGAUGUUCAUGAACUACCAGGGCCUGGCCAGCUACCUGUCCAGCGGAGGUGACAACUACUGGGUUAUCGACACCGACUAUGACAACUACGCCAUCACCUAUGCCUGCCGCACCCUGAAGGACGAUGGAACCUGCGAGGAUGGCUAUGCCCUGAUCUUCUCCCGCAACCCCCGUGGCCUGCCCCCAGCCAUCCAGCGCGUGGUCCGUGCAAAGCAGGAGGAGAUCUGCAUGGCCGGCCAGUUCCAGCCCGUCCUCCAGUCCGGAGCUUGCUAAGCGGUCGCCAAUUAGAACUUGGGAGGGAUUCCUUCAGCAUGCGGGCAUGGAAGAGGGCAUCUGGGGCAUUGUAGGGGUG